UUCCGCGAUGACGCGGUGGGAUUCCGCGAAAUUGUUUCUCGGGAGUGCGAGGACACAGCAGCGGCGGCGGCAGCAAAGCAGGAAAAACGAGGACGCGUGCGGAGGAACAAUGAAAUGGACGCAUUAAAUUAGAUAUUGUGGAAGCUGGUUGACGGAGGAUUUGGGGAGAGGGGCAACAUUUUCUCUACUGAUUUGUGUUUUUGUCUUCGUCUGAACGUCCCACUCUUGACGGGACAGUCACAUUGACGCCGACACGUGUGUGGAUGAUCGCGCACGCCACCUCGCUCUGAUCCUCUCCUCCUGAUUUUUUGGUUUUUUGUUUUUUUUUGCAACACUUCCACCACCAGCAGUCACUCUUCCUGCGGUCAUCAUGUCCGAGGUCUCUGAGGACCUCGUCCCCGCGCGACCUGCACCCACGGUCCGGACGGACGACGCGCUCAAAGAGAACCAAGACCACCGAACUUUGCUGAUGGUGGCGAGAAUUCUGUUGGACUUGAACAAAUGUCGGCCCGACGCCGAGGAGAAGGAGAAGCCGGUCGAGAGCAAGAGGAGGGCGGAGGAGCCGCAGGAGUCCUCCGACAAGAGGCACUGCUGCCCCUUUAACGGCUGUGGCAAGAUGUACGGAAAGUCGUCCCACCUUAAAGCCCACCUAAGGGUGCAUACCGGCGAGCGUCCAUUUGAGUGCACCUGGCUGGCCUGCGGCAAGAAGUUCUCGCGGUCAGACGAGCUGACCCGUCACUACCGCACGCACACGGGCGAGAAGCGCUUCACCUGCCCCCUGUGCGACAAGUGCUUCAUGAGGAGCGACCACCUGACCAAGCACGCCCGUCGCCACGCCGGCUUCCAUCCCAGCAUGCUCCAGGGCGCCGGCGCCUCCAAGAGACGCCACUGCUCCGUCUCCGUGUCGUCAUCCGAUUCCGGAGACCAAAGCCCUCAGGGGAUGUAAAUUGGGGCCAACACACACACACACACACACACACACACGGACACACACACUCAUGUGCCACCGCCCACGAUCACAGAGGUUUUCUCAGUGUCAAGCUUCCAUUCUUGACCAAUGUGAGAGGUAUUUUUUCAAAAUUGUUCAUCAGGGUGAAUUAUUUCUAAUCAUUUCUGAAUGUCAGUGUGUGUGUGUGUGUGUGUGUUUUUUUUUUUUUAAAGGUCCCAUAUUUUGGCCAUUUAAACUUUCAUAGAGUGACUCUGUAACACGGACUUAGUAUAAAAGUAACAAUUUCAUAAAAAUUACACCUUGGUUUUGUCAUACGAGUGUCCAGAAAAAGGCCCCUCUGACAGCUACUUGUGUUUGAUCCAGUUUUGUAUCCACUUUGUCCAUAUUUGGCUAAGCCCGUCGCCUUUCCUCUCAUUGGUUGCCUCCGUGUAGAAGACCCGUGAAGCGGAGAGGGAGGUGGAGAUCUUCGCUAGUGACGUAAAUAAGCUCGAGAAAUUCGAAUGACCUGAUUUCAGGCCUCUCGGCAGAAAAACGUCUGGAACUCAGGAAUCUGUGGACGUUUUUAAUUCAUAUUUCACACAUUUACUGAGGCACCAUACAGCCAAUAUUACAUCCCAAAUACUAGAAAAAGAUGGUUUGGUAAAAUAUGGGACCUUUAGACAAAUACAACCCCAAUUUAAAUGAAGUUGGAACGUUGCGUUAAACAUAAAUAAAAACAAUACAAUGAUUUGCAAAUCAUGUUCGACCUAUAUUUAAUUGAAUACACUAUAAAGACAAGAUAUUUAAUGUUCAAACUGAUCAACUUUAUUGUUUUUAGCAAAUAAUCAUGAACUUAUAAUUUUAUGGCUGCAACACGUUCCAAAAAAGCUGGGACAGGGUCAUGUUUACCACUGUGUUAUAUCACCUUUUCUUUCCCAUUCUUGCUCGAUGUACAGCUUCAGCUGUUCAACAGUCCGGGGUCUGCGUUGUCUUGUUUUACCCUUCAUAAUGCGCCACACAUUUUCAAUGGGAGACAGGUCUGGACUGCAGGCAGGCCAGUCUAGUACCCGUACUCUUUUACUACGAGCCACGCUGUUGUAAUACGUGCAGAAUGUGGUUUGGGAUUGUCUUGCUGAAAUAAGCAGGGGCGUCCAUGAAAAAGACGUUGCUUGGAUGGCAGCAUAUGUUUCUCCAAAACCUGUAUGUACCUUUCAGCAUUAAUGGUGCCUUCAAAGAUGUGUAAGUUACCCAUGCCAUUGGCACUAACACAGCCCCAUACGAUCACAGAUGCUGGCUUUUUAACUUUGCGUCCAUAACAGUCCGGAUGGUUCUUUUCCUCUUUGGCCCGGAGGACACGACAUCCACAAUUUCCAAAAACAAUUUGAAAUGUGGACUCGUCGGACCACAGAACACUUUUCCACUUUGCGUUUGUCCAUCUUAGAUGAGCUCGGGCCCAGAGAAGCCGGCGGCGUUUCUGGGUGUUGUUGAUAAAUGGCUUUUGCUUUGCAUAGUAGAGUUUCAAGUUGCACUUACGGAUGUAGCGCCGAACUGUAACUGACAUUGGUUUUCUGAAGUGUUUCUGAGCCCUUGUGGUGAUAUCCUUUACACAUUGAUGUUGGUUUUUGAUGCAGUGCCGCCUGAGGGAUCAAAGGUCACGGGCAUUCGGUGUUGCUUUUCGGCCUUGCCGCGGACAUGCAGUGAUUUCUCCAGAUUCUCUGAACCUUUUGAUUAUAUUAUGGACCGUAGAUGAUGAAAUCCAUAAGUUCCUUGCAAUUGUACGUUGAGGAACAUUGUCCUUAAACUGUUUGACUAUUUUCUCACGCACUUGUUCACAAAGAGGUGAACCUCGCCCGAUCUUUGCUUGUGAAUGACUGAGCAAUUCAGGGAAGCUCCUUUUAUACCCAAUCAUGGCACCCACCUCUUCCCAAUUAGCCUGUAGACCUGUGGGAUGUUCCAAAAAGGUGUUUGAUGAACAUUCCUCAACUUUCUCAGUCUUUUUUGCCACCUGUCCCAGCUUUUUUUGGAACGUGUUACAGCCAUAAAAUUCAAAGUGUAAUGAUUAUUUGCAAAAAACAAUAAAGUUUAUCAGUUUGAACAUUAAAUAUAUUGUCUUUGUAGUGUAUUCAAUUAAAUAUAGGUUGAACAUGAUUUGCAAAUCAUUGUAUUCUGCUAUUAUUAUGUUUAACACAACGUCCCAACUUCAUUGGAAUUGGUGUUGUAUAACAUCAGGCAGCACGAUAAAAUGGUGGUUAUUAGUCUGCCUAGUAGUUCUGAGGUUCUGGGUUCGAAUCUUGUGUGAGGGUUUUCAUGUUCUCCCCGUGUUUGUGUGGGGUUUCUCGGUAUGCCGGCUUAGCUCCCUCAUUCCAAAAAUGUGUAUUUUAGCUUUAUUGGAGACUUAAUUGUACAUAGGUGUGAGCGUGAAUGGUUGUCGUUCUAUCUGCACCCUGCGAUUGGCUGACGACAAGUCAAGGGCGUACCCGACCUGUCGUCAAAAGUCAGCUGGGAUAACACUAGAAAUUGGAUGGCUAAUAUACCAGCCUGGUAUGUAUAGUUGUCAGCAACACUAUCUUUACUAGAGGAACUCGGCUCAGCUCCACCAGGACUGAAAGGGAAUGAGUAUUAUAAAUAUGCAUAUGUAUAGUAGAGCAGUAUUACCAUGCACACAGAGGAAAGCUCGAUUAUUUAGCCUUUAGUUAUUAGAGAGAAAUGAGUCAAUUAUCUAGAAUCCAGCCAAUUACAAAGUGACUUCAUAUGAAGAAACAUACGAGCAUAACAAUGCAUAAAAAAUAAUUUCACUAGACUUUGCUAAGACAAGCCAUCCUAAUGCCAAUUGUGAAGUUGUGAUGCAGGUUGUGAAUAUUGACAUCACAAGCAAACAGGUCUUCACUUGAGGUCUGUGCCUUCUGGAGGUUGUUUUCCCCUCCUUGCCACUAUUGAAAUGAAUUAUUAUGAUAUUAUAAUCGUCACACUGAUAUUCAGCAAUUUAGUGAAUAUAAAGUGAAUUGUCGCAGACCAACAGUGCCAGCCAGAUGGACUUAUUUGUCCAUACAUUGUAUUUUGUCAGGGGCGUUUCAAUGAACAUUUUUCACCUCCCGGUGGUGAUGUUGAAGCACAACAUGUCACCUUAUCUGGCUGGGACUUUCAUCAUUUAGUUCAGAAGUCACUUCCAUCUUGUAGCAUGUGUCUUUGUAUUUGUUCAGUUUUUCAUGAUGAUGGUUUUAUAUAAUUAAUGAGGUCGAGAGGGGGUAAUACUCCACUACACGAGCUACAAAUAUUAUUAUUAUUAUAUUUUUUAAGCUCUUACACUGGCUAAGAGUGGAAAUGUUUUUUUUUCUUUCUGUAAUUAUGACAUCUGUGAUUCAAUGUUGGUGCCUUUCAGGUUGAAGCCCUUAUGAUUCUACUGUAAUGAGGGUCACUGAAGACCCUAUAUUAAUGCUUUAGACAUAGCAUUGUAAUAAUUAAGUUUUUAACAUUAAAAAUGGUCUUUCUAA